GUUUUAGAGAUUGCAAAUCGUGCCAAAAUUCCCAUUGAGCCAGGAACUUCUGAGGCCUUGUCUCGUGAUAGCGGCAUCGGUGACUCCCAGACCGUUGCUGCUGUUGAUACGUCUGCCGACGAGACUUCAGAUCUCUCUUCAAUGACCUCUUCGACUGCAACUUCUGUCACUGCUUCCACCAACGGCACUCCUAUCAGACCAACCAUUAAGUGUGUCUCGGCAGAUACUUUCGUUAGCAGCAUUGACUCCCAGUUGACUAUGAUCAGUCAACUGCGACAUGUGCUGCGCACCUUGACUGAAAAGAACGCUCAAUUGGCUAAGAGGGCUGCUGGCAAUACGAGUCAAGAAGUGGAGGAGUUGCAAGCACAGAUAUCCCACCUCAAGGCCCUAGUGGACACAAAGACCGACCAGAAUCAGGUGCUGCGCAACAUUCUUCACGCCAAUAAGGUGACUGCGGAGACGAUUCUUGCUAAUAUGAAGCAAAAAUACGAAAACGACCGCAUCAUUGUUACGGAGGCCAUGCAGCGAUUGCGAAAAGAUGUGAGAACUUUGAACGAGAAUGCGGCAACCUACGCCUCGUUAAGGGCUGUCUUUGCUCAACGCUAUGAUGAAUAUAUCACUCAGAUUGACAAACUACAAAAGAAGCUCUCUAAGCGGCUGCUCGUAUGGCACUUUCCUACUCUGCUAGGGACCUGUAAAAUGCACCACGUCCAGCAGCAGGUCAAUCCUGGAUCGAUAGAGGUCUCAUGA